GGUCCAACAAAAGAAAAGUGUAAGUAACUCUGAUCAAUAAUAGCUAAAAGAGUUAAUAGCCCAUGAAAAAGCAAAUAUUAUUGAUGCAUAUUUUAAAUUUAAUUUUUAGGUAUCGAGUGGUUUGUGUUGAUUGAAGAGUACACAAGUAGCUAACUUUAUCGGAGAAAGAAGUUGCAAAAUGGAUAGAAAUUGGAUGAGUGCGAAUAGAUUAUCAGCAGAGUAUAAGGAAGGUGUUGACUUUUUUUUGGAUUUUUGUCAUAAGCACGCAAAAAAUCCAAAGUUGAUUCUUUGUCCUUGUCUUAAAUGUGGUAACAUGGAGCGUAUGAAUACUAGUAAAAUAAAGGAGCAUUUAUUUAGGAACGGAAUAGACAAGAGUUAUAAGGUUUGGUGUUACCACGGGGAAAAUAUUAGAGUUCAUGGCGAGGAAACAUCUAAGUCUAAGAAGGUUAAGAAUGUUAACUUGGAUUAUCAGGAUGAUCACAUUCCAGAAAUGAUAGGAGAUGCACAAUUUCAAUCAAAUGUCGAUCCAUUGGAAUUUCAAAAUUUUGUAGAGGAUGCUGAGAAACCUAUUUACCCUAAUUGUAAUAGGUUUACUAAAUUGUCUACGCUUGUUAGAUUAUACAAUAUAAAAGCGAAACAUGGGUGGAGUGAUAAAAGUUUUACGGAUUUACUAGCUUUUCUAGUAGAGUUAUUACCUGAAGGUAAUGAGAUGCCUUUGUCUUUCUACGAGGCAAAGAAGACACUGUCUUCCUUAGGUAUGCAAUAUGAAAAGAUACAUGCAUGUCCUAAUGAUUGCAUUCUAUAUCGUAAGAGUUUUGUGGAUGCAAUAUCGUGUCCCACGUGCGGUGAGUCUAGGUGGCAAAAGAAAAAGAAUUCUGAUGAGGUAAAGAUUGGUGUCCCUGCAAAGGUAUUAUGGUACUUACCCCCAAUACCUCGUUUGGUUCGAUUCUUUCGAAAUGUCAAUCAUGCAAAAAAUUUGACCUGGCAUGCCACCGAUAGAAAACUAGAUGGUAAGAUGAGACAUCCAGCUGACUCCCCUGCUUGGAAAACAAUCGAUGCUAGGUGGCCUGAAUUUGCAAAUGAACCUAGGAAUAUCCGUCUUGGUCUUUCUGCAGAUGGAAUUAAUCCACAUACCACCCUUAGUAGUAAGUAUAGUUGUUGGCCAGUUUUGCUUGUGAUGUAUAAUUUACCGCCUUGGUUGGUAAUGAAGAGAAAGUUCACUAUGCUCACAUUGUUGAUAGCUGGCCCUUCACAGCCUGGUAAUAACAUUGAUGUGUAUUUAGCUCCUCUAGUUGAUGAUUUGAGUCAAUUAUGGUAUGAGGGUGUUCCUGCAUACGAUGCCUUUAGGAAUGAAGACUUUAAUCUUAAGGCUAUAUUACUGUGGACCAUAAAUGAUUUUCCAGCUUUUGGAAAGCUUUCUGGAUACAGUGUGAAAGGGUACAAUGCAUGCCCAAUUUGUGAGGAGAGAACAUGUUCUAUGUGGUUAAAACACUCGAAGAAAAUGAGUUAUAUGGGACACCGAAAGUUUUUGCCUACAGGACAUGUAUUUAGGACUUGGAAAAAAGCAUUCGAUGGUAAGCAAGAAUUAGAAAUGCCGCCGUCACCUUUGCAAGGAGAAGAAUUGUUAGAAAAGUUGAAUAAAGUUCAAUUCCACCUUGGAAAGCGAAAAUUGACUUCGAAGAAAAGAAAAGGUCAGCGUGAGAAAAGUGACGUUGCUGCAAGUGAACAUCAGGGGCCAUGGAAAAAGAAGUCAAUAUUUUUUGAGCUCGAAUAUUGGAAGCAUUUGGCGUUGCGUCAUAAUCUAGACGUGAUGCAUAUUGAGAAGAAUGUGUCAGACAGCUUGCUUAAUACCUUGUUCAAUAUUCCCGGGCGGAGUAAAGAUGGAAUUAAAUCUCGCCUAGAUUUGAAAGAAUUAGGAAUACGGGCCAAUUUACACCCACAAGUUGUUGGUGGACGUACAUUUUUACCACUUAGGCUUGUCAUGCUCUGA